AUGGGGGAGGAGGGGCAGGGGCGGCCCCCGCGUAGAGUGAUCUCUGCCCUUGCCCGCGUCCAGCCCGGCACCAUCGAGCAGGCGGUGGAGGAGAUACGCGUGGUGGUCCGGCCGGUGGAGGACGGCGAUAUCCAGGGGGUGUGGCUGCUGACGGAGGUGGACCACUGGAACAAUGAGAAGGAGCGGCUAGUGCUGAUCACCGACAUGUCGCUGCUCAUCUGUAAAUACGACUUCAUCAGUCUUCAGUGCCAGCAGGUGGUCAGGAUAGCGCUCAACGCAGUAGACACCAUCUCCUCCGGAGAAUUCCAGUUUCCCCCAAAGUCACUCAAUAAACGAGAAGGUUUUGGGGUUCGGAUUCAGUGGGACAAGCAAAGUCGCCCUUCCUUCAUGAGCAGAUGGAAUCCUUGGUCCAGGAACGUGCCCUACGCCACCUUCAUAGAGCACCCGAUGGCCGGCGCGGACGAGAAGACAGCCUCUCUGUGCCAAUUGGAAAGCUUCAAGGCUCUGUUAAUCCAAACUGUCAAAAAAGCCCAAAAGGAAAAUGCUUUGCCAGGACAAGCCAGUGGUGUGCUGGUCUUGGAGCGCCCCCUCCUCAUUGAGACCUACGUGGGACUGCUGUCCUUCAUCAACAAUGAGGCAAAGCUGGGCUAUUCCAUGACCAGAGGCAAAAUAGGCUUUUAGACAGCUGCGUCCUGGGAGCUCGUCCCCACAAGAACGCCAAGGUGACAUGAGGACUUGGGGAGAGCCUGUCAGGCCUCCCGCCAGCUCCACUGCCGGCUGGAGGGAUUGGGGGGUCAUUUACUUUUAGGGAUCUGAUUGGAAUAGUAAAGUGAAUUAAUAUAUAUUUAGUUGGAUAUUGGACAUCCGCUAAUAUGAGCUGCAUACAAAAGCAAACAACCUGGCUGUCACUGUACUGCUGGUAUUCCACUUUCUGUACUCCAGUUUUCGUGGCGUCCCUCGAGUCUGGCUGGCUUCUCGUGGUUCUUCGCCACCCCCCGGCCACUCUGGUGUGCUUCGAUCUGCACGCUCCCGCUCUCACUUCCGCUGUGGAGAUGGUAGAUACAGGGAGUACCUGAUAUCUCGAGUGCCUGCAGCUGCAAAUGUUUACAUUGGGGUCAAAUUGUGUAUUUUAAAGUUAAUCCAUUUUCUUAAAGCUAAAUACAAAAUAAUCCAGCAGACUGGUUACCUAAGCAAGAUGUGGUUUGUGCCUUGUCAGCUCCUGAAUGGACAGUUGAUCUUUUGUAAAUAGGUAUUUGACCUGAAGUCACACUUUUUCUAAAAUUAAUCCAAGUUGUGUUCAUACUUAGGGCAUCUUUCCCAGGCCCAAAAAUGUUUAGAGAAAAUCGUUUUAAGACAGUUUAUUAAUUUGAGAAAGCCACCUUGAUCUUUGCACGUAAUUUUGACAAUUACGUUUAUUGAGCUUGUAUUGCUAUAUUCAUAUUUAAAAGGGAACCGGGUAGUUUGCUCCUUAAAGAAUGCACUUUAAAGAAAGAGCUAUAUUAGACCUGACGAAGCAGCUAAUGCCCACCUCACUACCUGCAGCUCCAGGCAGAUCUGAGGCUUUGUCAGCCCUGCACUAAGCACGCCCGAGCUUUGGUGUGCCUGUGGAGUUUCCUCCCCUUCAGCCACACGCAGCCCACUUGUGUGGCUGGAAGCAUUUGUGCAUAAACUUUAAGUGCUGGCCCGCCAGUUUCCUCCUGCUUGCUUACAGCUGUUGUGGCUUUGAGCUGACUGGCACGGAUGUGAUCACGGUGCAACAGCCUGUCCAGACCAGGAGGCGGCCACAGAAGCUCACCUGAGCCUUCAACCUUCACUUUUGGUCUUUUAGUAGACAUUGAGAACCAAAUGGAUGUUGUUCCUGUUUUGAAAUUGUUGCUAUUAAAAUAGGUGCAGCAAUCAAGAAAGUA